CAGGAGCAGCUCCCAGCAGAAGAAGAAGAAGAGCUGCUGCAGGAUUUCACGGCCCACUCCACUCCACUCCACGCAGAUCGCGGAGCUCCGUCAGCCUCAUCAUGUCUCCUGCUGCAGAUCUGGGCCGGGCGCUGUGCAUCAUCACCGGGGCCUCCAGAGGCUUCGGACGGGCCCUGGCCCAGAACGUGUCCCGGUUGGUCCAGCCGGGCUCGGCGCUGGUUCUGGUGGCCCGCUCCGGGCCCGACCUGCGGACCCUGCAGGCGGAGCUGACCGAGUCGGAGGCGGGCAGAGCCGGGCUGAAGGUGGAGGUGGUGGUGGCGGACGUGGGGAAGGCGGAGAGCCUGGAGAACAUCAUGAGAACCUGCAGAGAAGCCUUCUGUGAGGACAUGGACCACGUCAUGCUGAUCAACAACGCGGCGUCUCUGGGCGACGUCUCCAAGUACGUGAAGGACCUGAGCGACAUGGCCCAGGUGGACUCCUACCUGUCCCUGAACGUCAGCUCCGCCCUGUGUCUCACCGCCAGGGUGCUGCAGGCCUUCCCGCAGCACGCCGGGCUGCGGCGCUCCGUCAUCAACGUCUCCUCGCUCUGCGCCCUGCAGCCUUUCCGCUCCUGGGGGCUCUACUGCACCGGCAAGGCUGCGCGGGACAUGAUGUUCAAGGUUCUGGCCGAGGAGGAGCCGGACCUGAGGGUGCUCAGCUAUUCGCCAGGACCUCUGGACACGGAGAUGCAGCUGGAGGCCCGAUCCAAAACGGCCGACCUGAGCAUCAAGAAGACGUUUUCCAGCAUGUUUGCUCAGGGUCAGCUGCUCACCUGUGAGAUGUCUUCAGCCCGGCUGAUGAAGGUUCUGCUGGACGACAAGUUCACGUCAGGAGACCACGUUGACGUCUUCGACGUGUAGACUCAGAAGACCAGAACUUCAGCCUCUCAGCUCUGAGUCGUUGUAAUUGUAGCAUUGAUGUUGUAUUUGACUUUUACUCGAUUUAUCUCUUUUAAUCUAGUCGCUAUGGAAAUGGUACCGCCUGCAGAUUAGCUGCAGCUCCUC